GACUGUGGGGCUCAGAACCACUGUACUGGGGAGGAGGGAAUGUGUGAGGAACAGAUGAGCUGUGAGGAGUGCAGAGCAAAAAGAAGUGUGACUAACGAGGAACUACAAAAGGGACAUUACCCGUUUCCUAUGUUAUUUUUAUUUUCCCGUGUUUAGCCUAUGUGGAUGUAGAGCAUUAGGUUGUGAUCAUGCAAUGUGUUUGCUCCAGUUACUGUGCAGACAGAAUGAAACGGACUAUUUGCUGGCUGUCGGACUGAUGGAUCUUUAUGGCUGGAUUCUGGCCUGAAAGCAGUGACAUAUGAAGUUACAAAGGAUUCUGCUGAGUUUUGUAUUUCCUCUGUUUAUGCCACUUAAUCAGCCUGCCAUGCAAGGACUGAUGCUUUGAAGUGCUGGUGCUUAGAAAAUGGACGUCUCCUCAAAGUCAGGGGAAACUCUGAUCAUGUCCCACAUCCUUGGCCAGUCUGUAACUCUGUCAUAUAACUCUGUACAGACAUCCAGAAAGACACGCACUUUAAAUUUAACCCACAGUAUAUCCCUUCCUGAGAGAGGAGAUCUGCCAAGGGAAGCACUUGACUAUGGCAGUCUAAGUCAAAAAAGCAAGUCAAGUUCAACAAAAACAGAGGACAAAAAGGGGACUGAAAGUCCUAGAGGAUAUGAAUCGUCCUCAAUGCUUUAUGCUUUGAUCUCCCCAUUGACCAGUCCUCAACUAAACAAAGAGCCAUUGCAUCGUAGAGGUACUCCCAGAUGGCAUAACCUCUUCAUUCCUGAAUCAGAAGUGAAUGAGGAUGAAGACGAUGAGGACUCAGAUGGAGACAACUUGCACAAGUACUAUGAGGGGUCAUCCCUUCAACUACAAGGAAAUGUGACUCAAAGUAAUAUAAAUUCCUUCCGUCAAAUCAGAGUAAACAAUAAUCAGAAGCGGGAGUUUGAUACAGGUUGUGGAGAUCGUAGGGAUAGCAGAGGAACCCCUGUAUUAAUGGACUGCGAUGAACAGGACUGGGGCGAUGAGGAAGACUUUAGUAAGCAUACUCUUGAGGAACCUGAUAAUAGCUGGGCUCCAACUGAAAACAUUAUUGAAUCCAUUACUCAAAACCAAACAGACUAUAUCACUGACUCUUCCUGUAACAGCUCAGAUGGAGUACUAGUUAACUUCAGUGCCAUCUACCACAAAACCAACAAUGCAGUUCCUGCAACUCCACUAAAUCUGGAUAGUCCUGUCCCUGGAUCUGGUAUAGUGUUAAACGAGAUUUCAAACCCUUUGCCCAGCUGGUCAUCUCACAGCACUGAUCCAAACUGCAACAUCUACCCAUUCGACUCAGACGGCUUUCCAUCAAUGGACAUUUCUGACCUUACUAUGUGUCUGCAGAGUCAUGCACGGUUAGCAGGUUCCACUCAGAAUUACUAUAAACUGGUGACGUGUGACCUAUCAUCCCAGUCUUCACCCAGUCCACCUUGGUCCUCUUUGACCAGUUUUUCUGAGACUCAAAGCCAGGGAAGCUGUUCUCCCCCUUCCGAAUAUUUUCUAUUUGAACAUUCAGAAGAAGAGGAAAAAGAGGAGCCAAAGUUUGAGCAAACUGUGCACAAGGGUGAUGGGAACAUUGAAGUGAAGAAUAUUAGACGAGCCAAUAAGGAUGAAUCUAAGGGAACAAAAGAGAGAAUAGCACACAUAAAAACUCAUCAGUCUGCUCCAAGAGAACAUAGUAGUUGCAGUUACAUUAAAACUCCUCAGUCUCAGAGCUGGAUUACCAGCCAGAAAUGUUCUACCUUAUCAAAUCUGGGCGCUCUACAAAACAGCUGUCCAAGCCAUUUAGACACAAAUCUAUCUUCACUUGUGUCUAGGCAACAUGCCACCUCUUUUGCAGAAAUUGCUCGAUGUAAGAAGGGAAAUGGAGAACAAUCCAUGAAAAAGUGCAUACAGGAUUCAUCAGGCUCACACUUCUUCCAAAAUCUCUCUUCCGUCCAGAAACAGAAUGAUUCAGAAAUGGCAACAAAGUCCCUGAAAGCUGACAGCAGUAGUCAAUCCAAUCCAGAAGGUGUGUCGUCCCCAGAAAUUGUGCGAUACACAAAAGCACAAAGGCCCACCUUUCUCCCUAUACAGCCCUUUGUGCUUCAGGCACCCUCAGGAAAACAACAGACCAAAGCACUUGGUUCCCUUCUUAAUCAAUACAUUAGCUACAAGUACAGCAAGCCUGGGCCAUCCAAAGCUACUUGCAAAAAAACGGCAUAUCCACAUUAUAAGCAACCCUCACCUCUAAGGAGUUUCUCUAACAUCCCUCCAGAGGCAGCAACCAGUUUAGACACUUGUUCCACCUGCACAUCGAGUCCUGUUAUUCCCCAUAACCACUCCCAGUGUACCCAGCCCUGUACACUGUUUGGGCUCAUUCAUCAGGACAGAAAUCCACAUAUGAGUCCUAAUAUAAGAUCAAGAAGCCCUCAAAGCCAAGAGCAAGCAGAUGGGAGUCCCAUAGCCUGCUCAAGUCAAACACAGAUAAGCCAAAAACAUUCCUGGUGUGGAAAACUUCUCAAAGCUUCUCAAAAUCAUCCAUUCCAGCAGGUUCCCAUUGUUCAGACUCAGACUCCAAUGAUCAAAGAGGAGACUGCAGGUCCCCUGGAUGCAUCCUUCCCUAUACAUCAAAACUCCUCCCCUGCCAUUACCUCAGUUACCUCCUUGACCUCUAAAACUCCCAUCGUCUAUCUACCAGGCAGUAGAUGGAAAUCCCUUUGGUCUUUUGAAACUUCAUCACAGGUCUGCACCAAUGAAGAACGUAACACCAAUGUUCAACACAUCUUAAAGCCAAGAAUUUCACCUUGUGUUGUGAGGGAACGUCAACAUGGUGACUCAUUCUCGAUGACUGACAGACCCCCUGAAGAGUUCUGCCUCUCCCCAGAAGCCCCAUCAGAUCUUCUUUCAAUUGAUCUUUUGCACAAGAGAAGUAUGUUAAAAGCUGUGAGUUUGGCAGUGGAUCUUAUAAUGGCACAUUUCAACUCAAGGCAAGACUCAGAAGAAAAGAUCACACUGGGAAAUAGCCACCUUGUCCUUAAAAAGCUCUACCCCGCAAUCCAGAACAUCCUUCAAGAUGGUUUGAAAGCCUACAAAUUGGACUUAAUUAUUGGUCAACGGCGCAACAAACUAUGGAACGUUGUACAGGCUACAGUACGAGCAGGCUCAUCUACUCAACUGUCUGACAGCUUGGUGUCUGUUGUAAAUAAAUGUUCCCAGUUAUCAAGUCGCAUGCAGCUCAGGGUCUUCAUCAUAGAUCUGCUAAAUUUGCAUGCUUUGGAAUUCUGGAUCCAUCAUUUAUACACUUGCCUUGAUGUUGUAACAGAACACUAUCACCAAUGGGGUUUCUUGGCUCUGGCCCAGGGGCCAAUUUAUGGACCACUGUUCCAAGAGCUGCUUCUUUUGCUGCAGCCACUCUCUCUGCUUAAAUUUGACCUCCAUCUUCCAUCUGAACCUCACCUUCAAAGUAAGGAAAAGCAUAACCACAGAGCACCCCUGCCUCAUCGGCUUCUUGCCCAGUCAGCUCAGAUCCUGCAGAUGAGCUUGAUCCACGAGAACAACAGAAGUCCAACAGGUCACAGUGAUGUCUUUAGUCAAUGGGUAACUGAUGAAUUUAGGUUUAAUCAGAAAACCACCUCAAAGUGUAAAACACAGAAGAAAGAGGGUGUAGCAACCGUAACGAAAAACAGUGAGAUGCCACAAUGUUCAACAAGUCCUCUGGAGGAAAAACACUUAAGUGAGCUGCGUUGGGCGAGGCUCUUUGGUUCUAAAGUUGGAACACCAGUUGGCCCACAGAACACUCAAAAAGACAUGAGUGGACCUCUGAGAAGACGGCCAUCAGAAUGGCUGAAGCUUGGUGCAUCCAAAGUGGAUCUGCUUGCACAGUCAGUGUUGAUAGGAAAAUGGCCAGAGACUCAUCUGAGUGGUAACCAUGACAGAGAUACAAUGAACAAAGAUGAAAUACUAUUCUAAAAAGCACACAAGAUGUCUGAUUUUAGCUAGACAGAAUAGAAGCACAGUUCAUCCAAAAUACACUAUACAUAGUCAAUUUGAUGCAUCCUGUAAAAUCCAAUGAAAGUGCACCAUAUAUGUGUCUGGACAGAAUAUUUAUCAAUCAGAAAAAAAUUGUAUUAUACUUUGGACCUUAAAAAGUAACCAAAUUUUCACUACCUUUGAGCCAUUAUAACAUGAGAUUUUUAGAUUAAAUUUAUAACACAGUUAUAGUAUAAUGCACAGUAUAUAAGAAGCAAUCAUCUGCCAGCAAUCAAUCACAAAACUGGAACUCCCCAAAUGUCUUUUCCAACUAAACCCUGCACUUUAUCUCUGUCUCAGGUCAUUAAAUGUCACUGUAAAUCUAGUCAUACAAUUUCUGCUUGUUGAACUAUGUGGCAUUAAAAACAAAACAAAAAACACUUUGUUUGAAAUAGUUUCGAUAACCAUUUCAAUGCAUGGCACAGUAGCAUUAAUUACUAUGCAUGAAAAAAAAAAAAACAUAUUUCCUUUUUAGCAUUCUGUGAAUUACGGUACAACUGUACAAGGGUUUUAUUGCAUUUUUGCACGGUGAAAUCAAUAACAUAGCUAAUUUAUAUGAUAAAGAUGCAUGCUGAGUAGCUCUAUAUUUCCUGUUUCACAGAAGGACUAAUUCAGAAGUGAUAUUUCUUGAUGAUUUUUGUGACCCCUGUUGUUAGUAACAUAAAGAUGGACAAUAGUUAAUUGAAAAGAAUGGUUUGAUUAUAAGUGUGUUUUAAAGAAAGUGUUUUUUAUAUUUUCUGAUCCAGCUAUAGUUGUGCCUGAUUGGAAACUUGUGAUAAUAAAGAUUUGUUGAGUUGUUAA